CUCACAUGAGGAGUCCAACGGAGGAAGUCUUUUAGAAAGAUCUGAACAAGGUGGACAGCACCUGGGAUUUACUUAGACAACUCUGACAUUCAUAGCUUUUCCUUGUUUGGACUACUUUCACACAAACCAGUGUAUACUUCAGAGCUGCUCUGGUGUUUUACUUCUUUUAAAUCCAGCAGGUCAUUAGCUGACAAUGUCGUGGGACUGUGGUCUCAAGUACAUGUUCUCUAUGUCCCCUGCACUGCAGCAGGGUAGCAAAUGCAUCCUGCAUGACAAGGAGGACUUGUCCAAACUGGAGAUGGUCCAGAGAUUGGCGAAGGACGGCUGCCGGUUCCUGCAAAGCCACAGCAAGGGUCCAGAAAAGACAUCUGAGCCACAGAGUGACGAGGCAGUCCGCUUGUGUGUGAGGGAGCGGGACCACGAUGUGCUCGUUCUCCGUCGAGUGUUGUCAGAGCAGCCAGCACACGCUGCAUGGUUGAGGGGAGGAGGGAGGGAAGAGGCGAGGACCAGGAGGUACGCAGUGGUGUCAGGGACUCCCGAGAAGAUCCUGGAGCAUCUGCUGGGUGACAUGACGCUGGAUGAUGACCGAGGGACCACGCAGGGGAAAGAGUCAGAUAUGCUUCUGGAUGACUUUCUACUCACAUACCCAGUGUUCAUGUCAACCAGCGAUUUAUGCCAAGCUCUUCUGGGACACUAUUGCAACAAGCGGCACAAAAUUAAGGAGGACCUGAAAGAGGUUCUGGAGAGGAAACAGAAAGUCCUGCACCUGGUGUGGCAUUGGAUGUCUCUCUGCAAGGAGUUCCUGAGAGAGGACGAACAUGUGAAAGUCUUCCUCAAGAGUUUGUACCGUUACGUGAUCGAUGAUCUUUAUGAGCACCCAGCCCUGGAGAAGGAUGUGAAAGAGUUGCAGAAAUUCUACCAGCUAAGACGCAGACACACUGUGGAUGAUGAUUCGCCACACAGAAAUGGUAGAGCUCUUUCCCACCAACUGAGCUUGAAAGAGAACGGGCUCAGAUCCAGAAUCACACAUAGAGAGAACAAGGAAGUUCUCUGCCGUGUGUACGUCACGAUGGACUCAUAUCUUAGUGCAAAGGUCCACGGUGAGGUGGUUGCUCAGGAGCUGUUGCAGGCAGUGGCAGAAAGGAUGGAUGUUCCUGCAUCUGAACUGAUACUGGUGGCCAUUACUUAUCCUGGAGGUAGACUCCUCCUGCAGCCUCAGGACAGAGUUUUCUCCAAUUCUUUACGGCCAGUGGGGAGGCUUCAUGUGUGCAGGAAGGACCUCGGUGAAGUCCUGAACCCAUUUACAGAUAACUCAGAGUUGCAACUGAGGACUCCUCGCAUGCUGACUUUAAACACAUGGGAUGUGGCUGUUGCACUCACCAACUUUGACUGGACAAUUUUCAACUCGAUGCACGAGCAGGAACUGAUCUACUUCACCUUCAACCGCCAUGUUUGCAGUAGCUACACAAUGCCAUUAGAGAUGCUGCUGCAGCAAUGCAAUGAAGUCCAGCUGUGGGUCAUGACUGAGGUGCUGCUGUGCCCAACGCUCUGCAAAAGGGUCCAGCUCAUCAAGAAGUUCAUCAAGAUUGCUGCUCACUGUAAAGCACAGAGGAACCUCAACAGCUACUUUGCCAUUGUUAUGGGUCUGAAUGCUGGUGCUGUAAGCCGCCUCAGUCAGACGUGGGAGAAAAUUCCUGGUAAAUUUAAGAAGCUGUUUUCCGAGCUGGAGACAGUCACAGAUCCCUCACUGAACCACAAGGCAUACAGGGACUCCUUCAAGAAGAUGAAGUCCCCCAAGAUCCCAUUUCUUCCUUUACUCUUAAAAGACAUCACAUUCAUCCAUGAAGGCAACAAAACAUUUCACGAUAAUCUGGUCAAUUUUGAGAAGUUGCACAUGAUAGCAGACAUGGCGAGACACAUCCGAGAGUGUCAGCAAGACCACGUGGGAAAUGGAAUUGCCCAGAAGAGCAGCUCAGAGGUUCGAGCCUACACUGAUUACCUUCAUGUCAUCGACAAUCAGCAGACUCUGUUCGAACUGUCACAUAGACUGGAGCCUCGUGUGUAGACAGGAGCUUUUUCUAUUC